GUUGCGAAAUAGUGCCACUUAUAUGAAAUAUGAAUAACAAUUAUUUUUUAUACGCUAAAGGUUAUAUCCAGGAAGAACAGACGUCUAUAGAAAUGAUUAAGUAGCAGUGUACAAAUGCAAUGGAGGCGAAAAAAGAGGAGUCAACAAGAGGACAAGAGUUAUAUUUCAGACACCUUUCAUUAUUUAGUAAAGCUGUACCGUUGACUGUUAAAGCCUAUAUAAAAGAACACGUUAGAAAAAAUGGACAAUCUCUUGAUUAUAUUCUAACAGAAAAGAAAGAACAUAUUCAAACAUUUUACAAGAAUUUAUACACAAAGCUUUUUGUGGAUAACGACGAAAACAUCGACGAACAAAUCGAGACUUGGGGAAUAAAAACUCUGUGUGAAGUAGUUUUUGUUCUUAGUGAACACCCAGAGAUUGAUAGUGUUAAGUGUAUCUCGGAUCAACAUCAUGAUCUCGAAAACUAUGCAAAGAGUGCCUUUCUUGACUUUGAUACUUUUCAAUAUAAAUGGAAUGGACUGACGAGCUCAUUGCGGCGUCUUUUCACAGAUACAGAUGCUGACUUUGAGUGCACACGAUUAAUUCAUUCCUUUGACGAAUCAACGGACAUUCAUGUUAGCAGAGAUGUUUGUGAAAGUUUAAAACGCACCGACGAUGUUAACAGGCAUAUCCAGAUUGCAACCGAAAGUGUUUCAACGUCAAAUUGGAAGUCGGAAAUUGGCACAGGUGACAUUUCUAAAUUCAAAGGCGUGCUAAAUAAUACAGACAAAGAGAAUCACACGGUACAGUUUGUAAUACAGUUAUCUAGCAGGGUUGUUCACACAGGCGAAUCAGUUACACUCGUUUGCGAACUGAACAAAGAUGAUUGCCAAGUAGUUUGGUCGAAAGACGGUGAAAUCCUCACGGACAAAAAAUCAGUCAAUAUAUUAGCGGAAAAAGGCAGACAUUUCCUGAUUGUUCCAUGCACGAAAAUUGAAGAUAGCGGAAUAUAUAUUUGUAAAUACAAUGAUUUGUUUUCAUCAGCUUCUGUUUUAGUCGAAGAAGAAGAGUUGCACAUAUGCACACCUUUACAUACAGAUUGUGAUGGGGAUAUCAACGAAUAUAUGAAAGUUUCUCUUAGAUGCACAAUAAACAUAUGUGGGAAGAUACCAAGAUGGUUCCAUAACAACCAAGAAAUCAAAAAUGAUGGAAAAGUAUCUAUUGUGUCAGAAUGUCAUACAUAUAAGCUUAUCAUACACCAUGUUGAGUCUGCUGACGAGGGAGAGUAUAUGGUUGUAUUUGAUAGAGUGACAUCAAAAACAUCAAUUACUGUAAAAGGACAUAUGGACCAUAUAGUUAAGCAGCAGAUGAAGGAAGAAAUGCACAACAAUUGGAUACGAGGAGUACUGGCUCUCAAACCCCUGCAGUUAGGACUAGAGUUGCCUGCAGAAAAAGCUGUAAAUAGUCAUCAUAAACAUAUUUUAAAGGCUUUACCUAAAACUGUGUCAAAACAAGUAUGUUUAGAAUGUAAUAGCGAAAAUCUCCUUCCUUUGCACUCAAAAAAGCAAUGUCCAAGAACCCAGAACAAGCAUAGGUGUAUAUGCUCCAGCCAUCCACACAGCAGACGAGUUUGUCCAAGUAAUGAGCUAUGUAGUGAGAUUUAUGACCUGAUAGUUCGUGACCAUCGCUUUGAGGAUCCAGCCUUGACAAACACAAGCAUGGACAAGUGGAAAACUGAUUCCUGGAGUAUAGCAGCUUGCUACAUAAGUAAUACAGCUUUCAUCCAUACAUCAGAGUACAAACGUAAGCAAUCAGCAAAAGACCUGGAUUGUGCAGAGCUGCUUUGUUUGUUCGUCAACAAUAAAGCAUACCUCCCAAACACAAAUUAUGGCGUUUUUGAUAUGGCAAGGAGACACAGAAACGAAUUGCUACAUAGCGCGAGCUACGAGAUAUCCGAUGACAAGUUACGUGAAUACUUAAGUGAUUUUAGAGAUGUUUUGGAGGUCAGAAAUAAUUCAAAUGAAAAGGUUUUUAAACACGCUGAAGUAGAAAAAUCUUUGAAAGCCCUCGAUGAUUUAAAGAACUGUGAAAUUUAUAUUAACACAAAAGAGGAAAUAGAAAAAAUGAAGAAAGAUGUUCGAGCUACAGCCCUACAAGAGGUUACAGAACUACUUGAAGCUGCUCUAAGUCAGAAAGAUGAAGAGUUCCGACAAGCACAUGAAGAAUUAAAAGAUGUCGAGUCUGAGACGGGAAUAAAAACAUGUGAAACGCAUGAUGGUACUGAGUGCACGUGGUAUUGCACAGACCAUAAUAUUUUUUUUUGCAAGUCAUGUAUGGAAAAAAAUCACAGGUCGUGUUCAAGGCUUGUGAAACUUAGGAAACGUAUUCCGAACAAAGAACUUAAAUUUAUAUCAAUUCCCUUCAGGCACUCGAUCAAACUAAAAGGUAAUGUUAUAUCAAUAUGCACACUACCUAAUGGCGAGUUUCUAACACAGCUUGAAACAAAGUCAGGAUCUGAAUUUUUGAAGCUCAACAAAAACUUCAAUCCUAUAUCAAAUUCCGCUUCCACUUUGGUGGAUAUUUCUAGCAUUUGUUACAUAGGUAACAACAAAGCUGUAUUUAUCCAAGAAAUCAACUCAAGUGUAUUACAGUUUAUGAACGUCAUAUCUUUACAAAUUCUGCAACAGGAAGUAAAUUGUAAGCAUAACGUUCAUUGCUUGGCUUGUCAUGGUGAUAUGAUUUAUGCAUUUGAUGGCAGAUUUGUGCUUCAUUGUACAACAGAUGGAGGCAAAGCAGGUACUCUCUGUACAUUACAAGAUUAUAAAGACAGAGGAAAUUGUGAUUUGAGUAGCCUGGCAGUAAGUGCCGAUGGAGAAUUUAUAUUCUGUAUAAAUAGACAUUUUUACAUGUACAAACUUGAUAGUUGUAAUGGGAAGGUUUUAUUGGAAAUCAAUCUUCGUAGGCUACCAGUUCCUCAGGAACCGACAGGAAGAUUGCGUAUUCUUGCUUCUUUAACAAGCGCAGUUGAAAGGGAUAUUAUCGGUGAGACAAGUCUUGUUCCACCAGUAAAUGUGUGUUACCUCGAAAAUGAUACCGCCAUUUUAUAUGACAAGGAAGGUCAUGUUUUAUUUGUUAAUAGUAAAGGUGAAUAUUUAGUUACUAAAAAAGAUGACAUGAAGAGAAGUUCUACUGUCUCCUACAUUUCAACACUAUAUGACAGAACUGCUUCAAGUCUUCUUGUAGUGGAUAACGAUACCUUAAAGUUAUUUACAGUGAAAUGGGAUAAUGAUUCGUGACUUCUUUUAAGUCAUCCCAUUUACAACAUUCUUUUGUGUACGGCUUUACAUGAUCUGUCUUUCAUGCUUGUUUUAGCUCACCUGAGCACAAUGGUGGGUCCCAUUUUAAAGUUAUAUGGCUUCUGUCUGAUUGACAUUGAAUUUUAAAAUCAGCUGACCUAGACUUGAAAAGUGACCUUCUUUUGUGUCUUUUGAUGUAUAGCUAUGAAAAUUGGACCAUGUCCCUUGUUUUAGAUGUAAAAAUUAAACUUUUAUACUAGACCUAGAUUUUGAUGAUACAUGUAUAACCUUCUUUCUUGCUUUUUGGUAAAGUGACCUACUUUCCUGUCCAUGAAAUGAGGGUACUUUGACCUAUUGGUACUUAACUUGGCAUGUGAGUAGCUUACAUGAAAAUACAGCCUGGCAUUCCUACUCAUGUAUCUGGAAUAUUUUUAUUUUGAACUACUCAAACCAACUUUCUGUGUUGGUACAAAUAACAGCAUCAUCUUUUAACAAUGCCAUUUUUCAUAUCUAUUUCCUGUCACAACACUUGUUGGUGCAAACAUGGUUUUCUUCGCAUU